GGAUUUAAACGGAUUACCAGCCAAGUUCAGUAGCAAAACUCGACGAAUCCUUAUAACAAAUAUUAGUGAAUUUCAUAUCGCGACACAUGAAGAUUCCCGGUGAAGUGCAAACAAAAUGAAACGCAUUCUCACGCUGCUGUUAUGUUUCCUGAUUCUGAUCCAUCAGGUACAUCCGAUUGACGCAUAUGAAGACGAAGUUCCGGUGAAGAAGAAGAAAAAACGAAUCCUGCAAGAUAUUCCUGCAGUCGAUGGGUUUGACCCAACGGAUCCCAACUUGGACCCCAAUGAACCGCUGGUUAGCAUUGAAGAUUAUUGCGAUUGUGAGCAAAAUUAUGAGCCGGUUUGUGGAUCGAAUGGUCAAACGUACAACAAUAAAUGCAUUUUCGAUUGCGAGAAUCGAAAAAUGUUGAUGGCCAAUCAUCCAGGGAUCAGUGUGGUUAAGGCGUAUCCCUGUGAAGAAGAAGCGGAGUUGUAACAUCGAAUAAUUUUUGUGAAUAUAAUAAAUUUGGCCAAUA